AAUAUAAGGGAGAUGAACGUUGUGGGAAUGACUUUUCCCGUACAUCUUUGAUUCGUUUUAUUUGUGACCAAACGGUUGAUAAUUCCAAUCCACCAAAGCUUAUCGCCAUAUUUGAAGAUUGUGCAUUUUGGUUUGAAUGGAAGACACCUAUUGCAUGUCCAAGUAGUCCGGGAGCAAAUACUAUAGGUGUUUUCUUCACCAU